AGUAACAACUUAAAAACUGAUGCGCAAACCUAGUCGGCCUAAAAGUGCAUGAACAGCCAACUCUGCUAGUAAAUAAAGAUGAGGGCCAAGCUUAAAAAACUGACACGCAGUCAGUUGGAAUUUUUGCUUUGUGUUUUAAGGAGCAAAAUUUUAAAAUUUGAGCCUCACUUCUCGUUAUUAAAAAUGUUUCAACUCUUUAAACUGUGGCAUUCAGACUCGGAAUAUUUGGGUGAGCAUCAAAGUAAGAAGGGUCAUUCAAGGGGUAUGGUUGGCAAAAAUAAAUGUCAGCAGAUUACAGAGCUGAACAUAUUGCAAAGAAGCAGAAUACAAGCGCAAGUUAAGAAUCAACAAACUGUUGAUACAGUUCAAAAUAGUGAGAAUAUGGCUGCUAGUCUUAAAAGUGCAAGACGACUAAGCAUUGCAAGUUUAAAAAAGAAUGAAAUUAUUAUGAAGGAACAUGAUCAUAAAGAUUGUCAUGGAAUGCAGUGUUUGGAUGUCAGUGGUUCUCAUGCUAGGUUAGAAAGGUGUGAUGCUUCUGCUGAUCAACUCACUUCACACAGAAACUCUUGUGAGGAAAAUAUCCCCUCAGAAGUUGCACAGAACAUAGCUGAUUUAAAUUUCGGCUUAGAAAAGCAUAAUAAUAUAAAUGCAUGUAAUAACGAAGUUCAGAAAUGUUCAGAGAGAAUGAUUAGGUUGAGAAAAAAACUACAAGUAAAAGAAGCAAGCUCUGGUGUUAAAGACAGUUCUAGAUUUCUUCACUGUGAAAAGUUAUGUAAUAAAGUUAGCCCAAGUCAGCCAGCAAAAAUUUCAAAAUUAAACCACCAUAAUAACCAACAACUAAAUAACAAUGUUUUAUCAAUAAAGGAAGAAGAGACAUGUCUUAACCUCCAGCCUAAAACAUUGACUUGCCUCAUUUGUGGACUUGGAUUUCUUAAUCAACACACCUUAAAAACUCACAUAAAGAAGAUUCAUGAUAAAAUGCGAGUUUUGUGUUCGUAUUGCGGAAAACUGUUACUCUCGUCCAGAGUGAAAGCACACUUGGAUAAAGUUCACGAGAAGCCUUCAUACACAUGUCACAUUUGCCAGCGAGGUUUCUUGAAAAGGGAAUGCCUAGAAGGACAUAUGAACAAACAUAGCAAGACCAAGCCUUAUAUCUGUCAACACUGUGGACGGAAAUAUGCCUACUCCACCAGCUUGUCCGCUCACAAAAAAAUUUGCUCUAAAUCAGCUGUUCCGCCCCAUCUUGUUCACGCUCACAGCCUGGAUGCCAAAGACACAUCUUUUAUCUGCGAGAUUUGUGGUCUCACUUUUGAAGGCACCAGCGGCCUCAAAGACCAUUUCAGUGCCAAACAUAGCAACAAAAUUCAGAAGUGCAUACACUGUGGUCAGGCUUUUCACUGGCGCCCGUCCUACAACAGGCAUGUGAAGAAAUGUAAGGAUAAAACAGACAGUGAAAGGAAGAAGCCUCCUGCGCUUUCAGACAAAAUCUACUUUUGUAAAUGUGGAAAGAGCUUCCAGUAUAGACAGUCCUUAAGCAGGCAUAAAAAAUCCUGCCAAUCAGAAGUGACCUCAUUUCCAGCUUCUCUAGGUGAUAUCUGGUCUUAAACAUCCUUUUUAAAUUUACAAUUAGCUCUCAAAAUGUAUAGCAAAUUAGGGGGAAUCGGUGUGGUUAGGUGGUAGAUCACACGAUUGCUAUCACAAAGGUCUUGAGUUCAGAUCCCCGGCUCAAGUCUAUAAGAUGUACUUGAGUCCAUUAAGCUCUGCUGAGUGCCUGACCUAUAUCAGGAGACAAAGACGGCGGGCAUUGUGGCAGCCAUACUAUCCGCCUGUAGCCUAUGCAGAGGUCGUUGAAACAGAUUGAAAACUCUACCUUAUCUGCUCCAUGUGUCUUGGGCGCAAACAUGAAAAGAUAAUGAUGUUGCAUAUUAAAUGUUAAUUUUACUUUAGUGUACUUUGCCUAAUGAGAUUUGGAAUGUCUGCAGUCUUUU